CCCCGCUGCGCCGCGGCGCCGAUAGCGGCAACGCGGCAACGCAAUGCGGCAAGGCGGCAGGCCGGCGGCCGGCAAGCGGCAGCUGACGCCUCGAUCCGUGAUCCGAGAGCCAUCGAGGCCUCAACGCCUCUUGUGAGUGACGCGCCCUCCUUUGCACCCACAUGUGUCCAUCUCCUUGCUUCCUGCGCCUCACGCAUUUCCUGGGUUCGCACUCGUCAUCAUCUUCCCACAUCCCACCCGCCGCCACCACCACCACCAUCAUUACCACCUUCCCCCCAGGGCACCUAUUAAAUGCUCGCCAUUUCUCUCACACUCACUUCUCAUCUCCCCCUCCCCUCUAAUCUCCACAGCUCCAUCUUCGCCCACCAUGUCAAACAACGCCUACAAGGACCUCGAGGACGCCUACAACGCCGACGCCGACCUCACCUCCCCCAACGUCGUCUACACCGCCAGCAACGGCGCUCCCAUCGCUCACCCUUACACGGCUCAGCGUGCAGGCACCAACGGCCCCCUCCUUCUCCAGGACUUUCACCUCAUCGACCUUCUCAGCCACUUUGACCGCGAGCGCGUCCCCGAGCGUGUCGUCCACGCCAAGGGUGCCGGCGCCCACGGCGAGUGGGAGUGCACCGACGACUUUAGCGAUGUCUGUCUCGCCUCGCUCUUCAAGAAGGGCACAAAGUGCCCAUUGACCAUCCGCUUCAGCACCGUCGGUGGCGAGAGCGGCUCGAGCGACAAUGCUCGUGACCCCCGUGGCUUCGCCAUCAAGUUCCGCACCGCCGAGGGCAACUGGGACUAUGUCGGCAACAACACCCCCGUCUUCUUCCUUCGCGACCCUGCCAAGUUCCCCCACUUCAUUCACACCCAGAAGCGUGACCCCGCCACUCACCUGGGUGGUGUUGACGAUGCUACCCACUUCUGGGACUACCUGAGCCACAACCCCGAGUCGGCCCACCAGGUCAUUUACCUCUUCGGUGACCGCGGCAUCCCUUACGGUACCCGCUUCAUGAACAGCUACUUCGGUCACACCCUCAAGCUCGUCAACAAGGACGGCGACUGGGUCUACGCUCAGCUCCACGUCCGCUCGGACCAGGGCGAGAAGAACCAGACCGACCCCGAGGAGGCUCUGCACGCUUCGCCCGACCUCAUGCAAAAGGACCUCAUUGAGGCGAUCCAGAAGGGUGACUGCCCCUCUUGGACCAUGAGCGCCCAGAUCAUGACCCGCAAGCAGGCCGAGGAGGCGUGGACCACCAAGGGUAUCAACGUCUUUGACCUCACGCACAUUUGGCCUCACAAGGACUACCCUCUUCGCAAGAUCGGCAAGAUUACGCUCAACCAGACUCCCAAGAACUACUUCUCAGAGGUCGAGCAGAUUGCGUUCAGCCCAUCACACCUGGUGCCUGGUAUCGAGCCCUCCGAGGACCCCGUGCUGCAGUCGCGUCUCUUCUCGUACCCCGACACCCACCGCCACCGCAUUGGCGUCAACUACCAGCAGCUGCCUAUCAAUGCGCCGCGCACGGCGUACCCAAUGGGCAACUUCCAGCGUGAUGGUGCCAUGGCCUUCUUCAACCAGGGUGGCCGCACCAACUUCCUCUCCACCACCGACCCCAUCCAGUUCCAGCCGCGCAAGGUCAACGCCGACAAGGUGCACGCCGACUUUGUUUCCAAUGCCGUCGUCUUCCUGUCGACUAUUCGCCCAGAGGACUUCAACGCGCCCCGCGCGCUGUGGGAGAAGGUUUUCAACGAGGAGAUGAGGGAGCGUCUCGUCAUGAACAUGUCCAAGCACAUGUCGACCGUCAAGGACAAGUCGAUUAUCGAGCGCCAGAUUGGCAUCUUCCGCGCCGUCUCCGAGGAUCUCGCCAGCCGUCUGGAGAAGGCUACUGGCAUCCAGGGCCUCAAGACCCUCAAGGGCGUCACCUUCCGCGGCUGCCACAACGGCAUGGGUGGACCAGACGUUGUCCCCGCAAAUGACCUGCCUCACACCGAGGAGUACGCCUACGAGAACGGUGGCCCCGGUCAGGCUCGCCCCAACUACGCCUAAAAGCCUGAGCGCCAGCUGAACGCUUGGAGCGUCAGCCCGUCGUCACUCGUGGUAGCCAGCUAUAGUGGAGAGUCUGAGAUUGUUAGUAGACCUUUCUCAGUCAGCAGUCUGAAGCCGUAUGAAGCAGUGUGUGAAG